AAUGCCAUAUUUGAAGAUACUGUGAAUGGAAUGCAUGGAAGUAUUAAAGACAAAGAGAAUCGAAGAGACAGUAAAGGAAAUCCUAUUCGGAAAACAUCUGAUUUGUACAUGGAAGAUACAGUGAAUGGAAUGCAUGGAAGUAUUAAAGAUAAAGAGGUUCGAAGAGACAGUAACGGAAAUCCUAUUCGGAAAACAUCUGCUUUGUUAAUGGAAGAUGCAGGAAGACCCGGAAGACGUGAUUCAGUGGUUGUCAUGUCAACAAGAAGAUACUCACUAUCUCCAUCCGUAUCAAAAUCUAAAGUAAGAAAAACCAGUUUUGUAGCACCACCAACGGCUACCAGAAGAAAGAGCUUACAGGUUAAUGGCAUAAUUAAAAACAAACUUUCCAAACGCAACAAUACCAUACAAUUGCCAGAAGCAGUCAUCCGUAGAGAAACAAAGCAAAUCACAUUAGAUGUAUUAAUACGGCAUUGUGAUGAGAGGUCAUCACUGUCAGUUGAUGUUGAAACAAUUGUCACUAGUCUAAGUGAGUUGUACCCAUCAUUUGACAUAAAAAUAAAUGAGGCUGAAGGGAUGUGUUUGUACUCAAGAAACAAUUCAGAAAAUAAUAAAGGAAACAAUAACUCUACAAUGCCUCCAAGAAACGAAUUGCAUUCCACAAUCUAUAAUGAAAAGUUAUCAAUUAAAGAUGUAAUCAAGGAAAUGAAACAGAAGCCAAACAAUUCCAAGUGUCAAACAGAUUUCUGUCGAAAAAUGGCAGCAUUCGCUAAUGACGACUCUCUUCAUGUUUUGCUGGCGAAACAAGAAGGGAUAUCUUGUAUUAUCAAAGCAAUGAAACAGUUUACAGACAACACAGAUCUCAUCAAAUCAGCUUGCCAAACUUUGUUAAUGAUGACAUCAUAUUCAGAUGCUAAUUGUGUUCAUGUCCACAAAGAAGACGGAAUCUCAUUUCUAAUAGAACUUAUACAACUAAAGAUUGACAACGCAGGACUCCUGCAGACCAUAUUAGAUAUAUUAGGGUAUCUUGUAAUGACAGAUGACACAGAUAUUAUAGAUUCCAUGAUUGAUAAAUCCUGUCAUACCAUCAUCCUCACCACAAUGUCAAGGCAUGGUGACAAUAGCGACAUUGUCAAACAGUGUUGUUUUAUCUUAUCAAAUUUAGUAAACUCCGUUGAUGUUGCCAGGUCGCUCAUGUUUAUUGGAGGAGUACAUGUAAUUAUUGGUGCCAUGCAAACGUUCGAAGACAACAACGAAGUAUUAGAGAACGGAUGUAGAGCUCUUGGAAGUUUUGCAGUACAUGAUGAGAUCUGUACAGAUGUUGUCAAUGCAGGUGCUCUGAAAAUUACACUGCAUACUUUAGAGAGAAGCAGAAAUGAUGAAAGUUUGUUAGAAUGUGCUACAUGGGCUUUAGCAUGUCUGACAAAAUAUGAGGAGUCCUGUAAAGAUGUUUGCAGUUCAUGUGGAAUGGAAAACCUAAUUCAGGGAAUGAAAAACUUUCCUACUAUAGAAAUUAUACAGGAAUACGGUUGCUGGACAAUCUGUAACAUAAUUGCACAUGACAAACCAUUUGAUGUCAACAUUAGUCAUGAAAUAGUCCAAGUGUUAUUGGAUGCAACUAGUAUGUUCUUAGACAACAUAGACCUUCAGGAACAAUUAUUGUUUGCCAUUAGUGAAACCAUUACUGUUGGAGAAACUGUUCUCCAUCGAUUUGUUUCCAGCAAAGGAAUACCAUUAAUAGUUAAAACAAUGUCCCAGUACCCAGAUCAUUGCCCUAUACAAGAACAUGGAUGUCGAAUCAUAGGAAACGUAGCUGUAUAUGAGAAACAUAGAUUACACAUUGAAACAGAAGGUGGUUCUAAGGCUAUAGUAUCUGCCAUGUUAACACUUGAGACAUCGGAAGAAUUACAAGAGAUUGGCUGUUUAGCCUUAACCAACAUAACAGCUAACGUUUACAAAAACAAACUUACAGCAGUGAAAAGUGGGUGUGUAUCAGCAGUAUUAAAGGCGAUGACGGCAGAGAGCGAUUGUGACAAUAACGUACUAUCAGCACUUCAGACCAUUGGCAAUGUUGUAGAAAUUGAUGAUGCAUGCUAUAAUUUCCUGGAGGAAAAUGGGUUGAAGAUAAUAAAAACAGUACUAUGCACCAAAAAGUUGUCUCCAGAAUUUACAGACAUUCUGUUAUUUGCAAGCAAUAUUCUUUCUAGAAUAUCAUCUCUGUUAGGAAUAGACGAAAGAUACAUUGGUCAAGCUGAAGAAUUACUGAUGCAAAUCAAAGACAUGACAGAGGACAGUCCAGAGGCUGUUCUGAGUCUAAGUCGGUUUUAUGAAAACAUGCUUCAAACUGAGAAAAGGUACAAUUCAUUUAGAGAGAAGAAUAUUAUACAUACUAUUUACAAAUGGAUAAAUGAAUUUGAAGAUGACAGCAACAUCCAAAUAAGCUGUUGUAAAGUUCUAGCUGCAGUUGCACUAUAUGAUAAAGACUUAAGCAUAGAAGUGUUUAAUGUGAUGAAGAAGUGCAUGACUGCUUAUAUUGAUAACAGUGACAUACAACUUAUUUGCUGUGGUGCCAUAGUGUAUAUUUCAGAUAACAACGAGGCUUGCAGAGAUUGUUUGGUGCACAAUGGUGCCGUUAAACUUGCAAUAAGUGCAAUUAAGACGCAUACCACAGUAGAGAAACUGGUGGAUGUGGGUUUGAUGGCUUUAGAUACAUUAUUAGUAAAAAUACAAGAACAUGCUGAACAUGAUGUUAAGAAACACAUACUUUUGCAUAUAAUGGAAGUCAUCCGGUUAUAUCCAGACAAUACAGAAAUACAGAUUCAUGGAUGCAAUAUUGUUUCAAAGUUACAAAAAGAGCAUAAAGAAAUGUUUUGCGAUUGGGAAACACAAGAUACAUGCGACCAUCUCGUCCGUUUGCUAAGAAGGAGAAGAUCAAACGGAGAACUUCAAGCUGCAGCAGUUGAAGCUUUAAAACGUUUACUACCAGGUGAGCCAGAAUAUGUACAAAAUACGAAAGAACAGUUAACAUUUCUUACAAAUUGCUGGUUCAAUGACUACAAUACAGUCAAUUCGUGAUGAUCGUUCACAGAAAUGACAUCGUUAAUGAACAUAAUGUUUGAUAACCACACUUCCUUAGAUCACAGUGUUGUAAGACAAAUAUUACAUCGGUCGUUGAUAGAUAGACCUAUGUAUAUACACUGUUGCAUCAAAUCUGGUUAGAAAAAAACUCAUCAAUGAUAGCAAUCAUAUCCUUUGACUGUUGUUACUAUAACGUUCAGCCGUUCGCUUGGCUUUAACAUGACAUUGUAAUCUGGUUAACAUAACUGUUAUAUGAAAGAUUGUAUCUGUAAAAUCUAUUAUAAGAACAGGGUUAAAUAUUUUGUAAUACUUUUGAUUUUUGUAUAUGAAUUUUAUUUUUGCUUUCAAUCAUUCGUAAAUAAACCAUUAUGUCUGGUC